AUGGGUAUCGCCGACAUGUUCACUGAAUUCGUGAGCUCGCUGAGCUUCGGAGAGGUCGUUGAAGCCGAAGCCCCUCCAGCCGAGGAGGUCGAGGACUCGUCUUCUGCCGGCGAAGAUACGCCUGAUGAGGACAAGUCGGAAGACGCUGAAGAGGAAGAGGCCGAGGAGGAGGAAGAGGAGGAAGAAGAGGAGGAGGAGGCAGAGGACAUCAUGCCCAAGUUGGUAGAGGAAUGCACAAACUCCAAGACCUGCGCUCCUGCUAAGCACCAUUUCGACGACUGCGUUGAGCGUUUCUUCCACCUCCAACCACUGCCGCCACCCCAGUGCGCCGCUCCCAAACUCUUCCGUGAACUGAAAUAG